ACUACGCGACAAUGUUCAAUUGCAGCCCUUCAAUAUUUAAUUAUUACUUUCUAAAACCCUUUUAUUCAGAUUAGGAUGUGAUCAUAUUCACAUCGUCAUAUGUCAAUGUCACAUAGAAAAAAGGUUACUUCAUCAAUGGAUUUUUUUCAUGGGUACCCUUUUUCUUUUCUCCCUUUAACGUUAAUGAUAAUAAAAUAUUAUUUUUUGAUAAUGGAGAAUUGAGAAAGCUGGUGCUGUAGCCUGUGGAAGGUGAGUGGUGAGAGAGUACACUUUGAGUCUUGAAAUUGAACUUAAUUGACUGUGUUAAUGCAGAGAUAGAAAGAUAGAUACAUAUAGAUAUAUAUAUAUAGAGAGAGAGAGAGAGUUCAUAGUUUUUCAAGUCUGUGACUUUGUACUUUAAAGAGAUCAACACAAGCAAAGGGUGAUGAAGUGGAGGAGUGUGAGACAAUAGUGGGGUACCACUUUCAGUUUCAGCUUCUGUUUCAGAUUGAGAGUUUCUUCUUAGCUUUUAAGUACAUACAUAUGUACAUGCACAGCUUUUGGUAAACACUCUAAACAAGGCUUGAUCCAUUGAGGAAAACAAUGAAGAACUUAAAUGAAAAAGGCUCUGGUUCUACCCAUUUAACAGCUCCUUAUGCUCUUGGAUGCUCGUCAUGGGGGGCUUCCUCUGAAUCUGAUGUUCAACAAUCAUCCAUGUCCAGAGGUUUGACCUUGAAAAUGGGUGUUCUGCCGCAGCAAGGCCGUAAGACUAAGCCAUUGAAUUUUCAUUAUCAAGACCGAGAUUCUUCUUCAUCUCAAUCAACUGGUCAGUCUUAUCCGGAAGUUGGUUCAGCGCAAUCAGGUCAAUUUUCAGUUCAGUGUAGCAAUUCUUCUGCUUGUUCGACACUUAACACAGCUGGGAGAAAGAGUAUAGAAGGUGUAAUCAGGUCAUCUGUUCGUGGUCAGGAUUUUACCUUACCUCCUUCACAAAUGUGUCACAACCAGCCACUUGCUCAUACUGCAUUCCAUCUUGCUGAGCCAUGCUUUAGUGGCCUACUAGCUUCUCCAUAUGGCCCACAACCUAAUAUUCAUCCUGCUCAGCUGAUAGGAAUGCCUACUGCUAGAAUUCCUCUGCCACUUGAUCUUAGUGAGGAGCCUAUAUUUGUGAAUGCAAAGCAGUACCAUGCUAUUCUAGGCGCAGACAAUACCGGGCAAAACUUGAAUCACAGAACAAACUCAUCAAAGAACGGAAACCAUAUUUCACGAGUCUCGCCAUCUACAUGCAUUGAAGAGAGCCAGAGGUUCUGGUGGUCGCUUCUUGAAUACAAAAAAGCAUGAAGAGUCUAAACCCACUUCACAAAACCAUGACAUAGAUGUUUCGAGUGUACUCAUUUGAAUCUGAGGGAACAUGUCAGAAUCUAAGGCUCGUCAGUUGAACUACAGAGAUGGUGCUUCCACAGCCACCUGUUCAGAUAUUUCUAGUGCAUCUAAUAGUGGUGAUCUCUUCCGAACGAUCAACCUGACAUUAAUUAUGUGGUUACCUUCUCAUAUAGGGAAGGAACAUGCAGGGUUACCUUGCGAUAUCAGUGGAGUGGUGGUUGGUGGUGGUGCAAACAUCGUGUCUGA